UAAAUUUUUUGUGUGCUUUGUUACCACCAAGAGCCAAAGCAAUACUGCUCAGUCCUGAAUGUCCCUGCUAGGAACAAAAAACUGGCAAUGGGGACAAAAAUCUGGAGCUGUGCAAGAGUCCAACUGCCCAGUGCUGGCUUUUAUCACAUGCUGGGACAAGGAUCACGUGGAGAGGCGGGGAGUCAGCCCUGCACAGCCCAGCUCACAUCGUGGUGGUGGUGGUGUGGUCUGGGGAGCUGCUGCCCCGAUGGCACCUGUAACCCAGCACCAGAUCCAGAAGUUCCACGAGGAUGGCUUCCUUGUCCUGGAGCGGUUUUUCAGCGCAGAGGAGUGUGACAGCAUGAGGAGCCAGAUGCGGAGAAUCGUGGCUGAGAUGGAGGUGCCGCCGCACUGCCGCACCGCCUUCUCCACCAGGGAGGAGGAGCAGCUCCAGGAACAGGGUAGCUCGGAUUAUUUCCUAACCAGCGGAGACAAGAUUAGAUUCUUCUUUGAGAAAGGUGUUUUGGAUGAGAAAGGUAACUUUCUAAUUCCAAAGGAGAAGUCUCUCAGCAAGGUUGGCCAUGCUCUACACGCUUAUGAUCCUGUCUUCAAGCAAAUCACCCACUCCCCCAAGGUGCAGGAAUUGGGAAGAAAACUAGGCCUUGAGAGACCAGUAGUUGUGCAGAGCAUGUAUAUCUUCAAGCAACCUGGCAUUGGUGGUGAAGUGACACCACACCAGGAUGCCACCUUCCUGCACACGGAGCCUCUGGGCAGGGUCCUGGGCUUCUGGAUCGCCCUGGAAGAUGCCACACAGGAGAAUGGCUGUUUGUGGUUCAUCCCUGGCUCUCACACCAAUGGAAUAGCCCGGAGGAUGGUCCGUGCAGGUUCAGGUGCCUCAACAUGUGUGGAGUUUGUGGGCUCAGAGCCAGCCUAUGAUGACAAGCAGUUCAUACCUCUGCCUAUAAGCAAAGGUGGACUCAUCCUCAUCCAUGGUGAGGUUGUCCAUAAGAGUGAACUCAACAGCUCAGAGUCUUCUCGCCACGCGUUCACCUUCCACGUGAUGGAAGCCAAAGGCACCACCUGGAGCAAAGAGAACUGGCUCCAGCCAACUCCUGAACUGCCUUUUCCAUCACUCUACACUUGAAGUUAGUGACUGGCCAGUGGAGUCAAUAGCUGAUCAGUAUUCCUUUCUGAUUUUCAUUCAUGGUCUCUAAAAACAACCUUCACUAGAUCAGUUCUCAAUGUUCAUUCAUCCUCCUCCUCAAAGCAGGACCAUUAUCACAGCCCAGAACCUGCGGGUGACAGAAGCUUCUACUGCAGCAGGAGCCCUGCCAGUAUGAGAGCAGUGACCCAGUCCUUUUGGUAAGGAAACACCUUCAGUCUUGAAAACAAACCAGUAAAGACCAUUGCACCUUGACUGGGACCACUUAGCAAAUAUUUCUCCUUGCAGAUACUCAGUGUUUUCUUGUGUUUAAGAGCGUAAAUGUAUUUCUUGACUGGUUGACUCCAGCAAUGCACGUGAACAUGUUGUGGGGAGAAGUUUUUCACCCCUAGGUUUCUGUCUUAUUGUUGGAAUAAUAGUGAUUUAAAACAAUCUUGUUGUGGGUAAAAUGAAGCAGGUAGUCUGCUUUUUAUAGUCAAUCUUCUAAAUACUCCUGGCAGACAGUAAUUGAGUGUUUUAUCUCUGGGUGUGAUUAAAAAUGACAAUUUUUAAAGAUUCAUGUUGAAACGAUGGAAACAAAGAACCUCAAUCAAACUCUUUACACUUAAAUAAAAAGAUAGAAAUUCUCCUUUUCA